UAUACACAAUGGGUAAACAGAGGAAAGGGUGAACCCACAACUUUUUGAUCAUAACUGUUGUAUAUAUUUUAAGACAACCAAUUUCAGUGUUUCAGCUCUUUGGUGCCUCCUGUUUACAAUGAUUUUGUGAAAUAAGUAGGAUCAAUUUAAUUUCCAAAUAACACGAAAGACGAGAUAGAAGAUAAGUACAUAUUUUUGCUACAGUAGAAAAAUAGUGUGUGUUUGAUAAGAAUUCAUAACAGUCAAGGAUUUUUAUGGCAUAACCUUGUAAACCAUUAUGAACUGAUAGUGUUCUGUUUGCAUGGCAGUUUAUUAUAAAGUAUUGUGCAUCAUUUCAACAGUUUAGAUCUGUUUUCCCCUGCUUUUCAUCACAAUUUCACCUUUUGUUUUCAGGCAGGAGCAGGAGGAAAGAACCAUUCCUUGGAAGAGGAUAUAUGGGACCGGAUGAGGCCCUCCUCUCUCUUUCCCUCUCCCCUUCGUCUGCGUCGCUUUUACUGUGUUUACACUAUAGACACACCCCUGACCUUCACCCAAGCCCCCUCCGCAUCCCCCUUCUCCACCACCACACACGCACAAUUUACAGCACAUUCCAGAGCUGAAAAUCAUUUAAAAAUGCAUAAAAAAACACGAGAAGUUAUAUUAAAAAUAUGUGUUUUUCUUGGAGGGGACCAUUUGUAUUUGCGCUGCGCAAUCUUGUAGUAGUACAGUUUAAUCGGCUAUUUAUAGCUUGCUCGGCCAUCUCUCAUGCAUUGCAAAUGUAUGGCAAGAUCGCCAUGCAGCGGAAUUGCUUCCCAGCCUACCACUGUACUGCAGAGUAGACACACCCCUCUCUCUCUUACACACACGCACACACACACACACACGCCUCAAUGCACACAUUUGCAAUGUGUCAGGGAAAUAAUGCAGCAAAAUGCACCGAAUGGAAUAUUCAUAGUAAAUCAGAGCUCGGCUUGUGUUUCCUGCCGCAUGAUAUCGAUGCUGAUGGUGUUUUUUAGCUCAUUUAAAUUUCAAAUGUACGGUUCGAAGCCUGACACUGAAAAACAAAGACAGGCCGACAGGGAGGAAUAAACACGACUGCAGGAGGAUUAUUCGCCCCCUAGAGACACUCCGCUGUAUCAAAUGAUAGCACCGUUAUCCUUACACCGCGUGCCCAUUGAUUCAGAGAUCACUGGCAAAACGAUGUUGCUUUAAACCUCACGCGGUCAAAGUUGUUUACCUCUUCGUUACCUCUGACGUCACGACACACCCCUGUUUGAAAGGGCGGCACUCCAGGUAAUGAGCAGCAAAUUCGACCAAUCAGCGCAGAGAGGGUCCAAAUUGUCACCAAUCACAACAUGGAAGAUACACCGAGCCGACCCGUGAUUGGUCAUCGGAGGGGCUGGGGGGGAAAUUCCUCUUUCCCGUAGAGGUCCUGGAGAGGGGGCGGUGCAUAACAAAAAGUAAUGGCCAUCUAUUUGGGUCCUGAAGAAGGAAGGCAAAUGCUCGUCGGACUACCGUAGCUGUGUUCGAGAAUUUUUUUACGUUAGCGCGUAUGUUUUGCCUGUUAGUAACGCCCAAGUAGCAACUCAGUCGUUUGUACGUUGAGCGUUCGUUCGUAACGGUCGUCAAACGGUUAACAAGCUGGCUGAACUUGAUGCCGCGUUUUAGGGUUAAAGCAGGCAGCUAGCCACGCUAACGCUAGCUACUACCAGCGCCUCUCUAGUAAGAAAGCCAGUGGUUGGAAAGGGCGUACGAGUUUGACGUUUUCUCAUCAAGUCUCCUCACAUUUCUUCAGUUUUAGCACUACGAGGUCUUCUUUUCCUCAACGCUAACCCACCCCAGCCAACAUGGAGGGGACACUGUUCCAAAGAGCAUGAAGACGACGAGAGACCGCGACUGAAGAGGAUUAAAAGCAACUCGGUCUUGAUGGGGAAAAGUUGAGCGGAGGUAUGAAAGUCGCAUGCACAGGAGGAAUGCUAAACUCGAGUUAUUGUAAAUUUCAUUGCCCGUCACCGCAGAAAGAAACACAUUCACACAGUUUAAGUAUUCUGUAUCAAGUGUUUACCUGCGCACUUACGCUUACGCCUUACUGCUGACUACCUCUAUGAUGUUUAUCAUUGAGAGUGUGUGUGUUUUUCUGUAGAAAAUAAUUCAGCGUUACAUAAACGGAGCAACUGCAGGUCAGGUACUAAGAGUAAAGGCCUGCUCGGUGACUUACGACAUGGCAUUUUGCGUUUGUAUUAAACAGGACGAACAACUUGGAAAACUGAAGAAAGGUUUCAAGACUCAGCUUUUGUACAAGGGCAUGCUAAAACCUCAGGUGAGUUUUUUUUUUUUUUUGCUUUGUUAUUUGGUGCGUACACGUGUAUACUCAAGGUCUGCUGUCUUGUGUAAAGCACACUGAGACGGUCACGUGCAAUUAAGUCCUCAUUCAUGUCUUUUUUAAGUGUCACAUUUUCCACAUAGAUUUCUGGAGAUCUCUGCACCAGUUGUUAGAAGUGUGUUUAUUCCUAUCAUACAAGAGGACAUAAACUGCUUUUAACAAGAUUACAGUAUAUAGAUAUUUAAUUUAAGUGUUAACAAUGUGAAGAUUGUAACACUAUUGCUCAAUUUAGGUCCUUUGAGAUAUAUGUUUACAUGCCUCUCUGUCAUUAACGCUGUCAAAACUAGGGAUGGGAAUCGGUAAGAUUUUAUUGAUAAAGAUGCCAUUAUUGAUUCUGCUUAUCAAUUCAUUUUUGAACGAUUCUCUAAUCAACGCCUUACUUUGAUUAAAAAAAAAAAGUAAACUAUAGGUCUUUACCAUUAAAUUAAAAUUUUAUAGAGUCUCUGAUAUCAGAAGAUAUAUGCCACCUUCAGUGAGAGUCUAAAAAUAAUCAAAUGACAAACUAUUCGUACAGCAUUUAUUUCUGUUGGUAUUAAGUCAAAUUAGGGUGACUUGAUUCUGGAUCCCUAAAAAGAGGACACUACUACGCGGGGCAGAGUCGUGCGCAAAAUUUUGAGGGUUUUUUGGGUCGGGUUGAGUGUUUUUUAUGCACUUUUAACUCAGUUAGUCCACAGUGCACACACUAAAAACUUCGACACAAAACCCAUUGUCAUCUUUCUUAGUAAAAUGAACCCACACUUUUCAUUUCUGCCUACUUUUCGUACCAUUUGGCAUGUUUUUUCCCCCCAAAGUCUUACGAGAACAUUUUCCAAGGCACCCAGAAGAAAGGAAUCGUUAAGAUAAAGUGUAAAUGAUGUCGAUAAAUUAAACCAUUUGGAACCGGUUCUCGAUUCCCAACCCUGGUCAAAACUAGGGGAAAAUGUUACUGAACAGGUUGGGUCAUUAAAUCUGAGUAAUGGGGACUUUGUCAACACAAUUGACGUUUCUCAGGGAAUAAUAAUUUCCAAGACAAAAACAGAGUUGUUUCCCCUCUAUAGAUUAAUACAACAACGAUAACAGUAUCAUAUCAAAUCAAUUUGUAUUUGGCAAAAGGAAACAAUAACAUGGAAUUUUCUUUGGUAAUCUCAGUAUGAAGUGCAGGAUUUGGCCAGUCAGAAUUUUUGUUUUUGAAACCUCAAACAAUUUUUCUGAGAAUGAAAGGAGGUCUUUGUUAGUCUCACAGACACAGAGAUGCAAGGGUUGAUAUAAAUAUUUUUACAAGCGUAUUUUUACACGUCAUCAGUUCGCUUUACAGUAGGAAAGAACUGAGCACUGAUCGUGACAUAAUUAAUUACAAGACUCUUGUCUUUCUUCUAUCUGAAAUUCAAACAGCCCCUAACUGCUGCUCAACAUUUAAAAGAAAACCUAAAGGGACCAAAUACAGCUAGCAAUGAGGGGUAUAUAACUCCUUGCUAUUUCCCCAGUGGGCUUUCCUUCUGCUGUCAUUCUCACACCUAUCCAUUUCUAUUUAUGAAACAGUUUGACUCUUGAAAAAUAGCAGGAGGGUUUUUGUUUUUAUAACAGCUGCUCCCCUGCACGAUCUGAAGAAGAACAAAAUGAAUAAGUUUUUCCUUUUCAGCAACUUCUAGAGAUUUUAUGAGAUGUGGUAUAAAAUGUGUAAAUUUACACCUGCAUAAUUCUAGAAAGCAACAAGGAAAUGAUCAAAUCAGCACCAAGUGUGUUGCAGCUUUUUGAUCAAUUUUCAAUUAAUUUGUCGGAAGAACAGUGAUCAUCAGCCACAAAAAAGGGUUUGGUUUGUGUCAGUUAUUGAUUGUUGCACGUCAUCUUUGGAGCUGUGUGCAGUGGUGAUGGUACAGUCCAUUGGGUCUCCUGUACAGUGAAAACUACCCCACCCCCUUACCCCUUCCGUGACUACAGUAAUUGGUCGCUUCCUCUCACAUGUAACCCUAUAGAAAGAAAGAGGCUGCUGUACUUAACUGUAGAGACCCACUUGUAUAUACUCUUUACAUGCAUGCUGUUUGCCACAUAUGUUCAGUUGCCUUUGGGACUAAUGAAGUGUUAAGUUUCCCCUUAAUGUCCUUGGGUCCUCAAUUACCUCCUGUGGUUGAUGGUUCCUUGGCCAAACACAUCAGACAGGUAAUGUUUGCUGUAAAUGGAGUGCAAGUCAAGCAGAAAAAAAACUUGAAAAGCAAAAUGUAUGUCAGACCUCUAUAUUGAUGGCAGCGUUUUUCAGUGUGUAGCUGAGUUACAAAUGUUUAUUUUGAUAACCUUUCAAAAGUUGACUCUUCAUUAGAAGUGUAAAUGGAAGUAAUGCCUUACUUUUUUCACAUUUCUUGUCAAGUAUUUCCUGUAAGGGAGACAGCAUUUUAUGGGCGUUAUAUAACUUUGGCUUAUUGGCUAAGUGCAUUUGCACCCACCUCACCCACAUGUCUGUUGUCUGUCUGUCCAGCUGUGUCCAGUUGACGUGCAAGGCUGAUGUGUGUGUGCCUGAAAAUGUGCAUCCUCUGUCAAAAUCAGCAUAGACAUAAACAGGACUUUCGGUGUGUGUUUGAGUGGGCCUCUCCCUGCCUCUUCUCUUUCCCCUCUCCAGAGUCCAGCAAGGGGCCCAGCAUAAGGGGGCAGGCUGCCGUCACUGCCUCUCUCUCUCCCUUCGCAGGCCAGCGCUGGGGCCUGGGCAGGGAGGGGGGCGGGGGGGUGGGGGGAGUGGUGCGGAGACCAUAGGGUUGGACACGGGACAUGGGACCCCCCACCCCUUCCACCCCCAGUUUAGCCCAUCCUGUGUGGGGCACAGGUCACCUUGUCAUGUGCUAUUACUGCUGCUGUAACAUGCUCCCUGUGAUUGUAGGAAAAGAACAUGAGAUAGACCCGUGGAGGCUGCGGGAGGGAGGAUAAGAGAGAGAGGGAAGGGAGAGGACAGGACUGGACUAGUCUGCUCAGCCAGUUGUUUAGCUGCAUUACAGACUCAUUUUGUUGUUGUAAGGUCCACAUUGUCUCUUUUUGUCCAUUGUUCUUUUCUGGAAAGAAAAGGAAACAAAAAUCCUAAUUAUCAACCUGAUUUUGAACUGAACUUCCUCUGUCAAAAAAAUCCCUGAUCACGUUUUGUUAUGAUAGUUUUCUUCAUCCUAAUUCUCCUUAUUUUUUAAGAUUCCUAAUUUCUGACCUCUUCUCUGCUGUCGUUGUGGACCUAGAUUUACUUCCAUGUGUGAACCACAAGCUCAUGUAUUUCAAUUGUAGCCCAGCUUUCUCUGCAGCCCGGGUCAUUCCAGAUCUGAAUUGUUUUAUGUCUCCCCUGUACUCGUAGUGACCCAGCCCGAGGUAUGCAGUAUAACACACAGUCCUAUGUUUUCACCCUUCCAACCCCUCCCUCGACUUCUUCCCAGUCUUCUCUCUCUCUCUCUCUCUCUCUCUCUCUCUCCCCCCUUCUCCCUUUCCUCUGUUAAAUCUUUCUUCCACCGUCUUGUUCUCUUUUUUUUCCCCCUUUGAGAGAAACCUUUGGCAGCAUGGAACAAUUUCAGGACCAUUUGUGGGAUUGCGUCAUGUGAUGUAGACAUAGGAUGCUCAUUGGGCUGUCCGUGGGCCUCCUUCUCGCACUCCAACGUUCCACAGCGAUCACUCUCUUUCUCCCAGUGCUGUUAUAGGUCUGGAUGUGAUUCCGACUUUGACUCUUAUGUGUUGGGAUGUGGUCUGUAAGCUCAUUGCUGACAUUCUUGGGAUGUGAUGCCAGAGGAUUUUUUUUUUUUAAUUUCCCGCUUUCUCUUCUCUCUUCUGCACGUCUGGGUGCAGUUAAAAUGAUCCCUCAUUGAAAUGAUGUCUGGAUCCUGCUCUUUACCCACUUUGUUAUAUCUCCUCUCAUCCUCAAUCACAUUUUAUUUCAACACCCCUGCACUAAUGGUACCACUUAAUUAGGUUUGUUAGUCAGUGGACAUUGGUGGAGGUUGGGUUUUAUAAUCGUUUGAUAUUGACUUUGAUGAAAGUUAAUCUAACAUCUGGGCUGCAGUCCAAAGCUUUUUUCAAGGCUGAGGUCUCACUUAGGUCUUCUGUAAGUAAUAGGGCACCUGACAAGGAAACCAAUGGCCACUUUCCUGUUUGCUUAUCACAUACUUGGACAAAAGUGCAGCUGAGAAUGAAAUGGGGAGUCCAACAGAAGGAAACAAGCUACCUUAUGAGUAGUGUUGGACCUCUGCCAUCGUUCACCUUGGCACUUAUCCCUGCAUGAUUAUCUCCCAACAGCUCAAACUCAUUGUAGACACAGGAAGUGCAUAGGUAGUACAAAUAUUCAGAAAUUGUUUAAUCCUAGGGACCCAAGUGUGACUAUUUUAACAUCUAUUAAGUCUUUACUCUGUAUUCUAAAGGUUUACACUAUCUACAGUUGAGACAAACUGACUGACAUUUUAUGUCAGCUAAUUAGAAGGUGUUAAAAGUACCCAUUUGGGAGACAGGGAUGCAGGUGGUGCAAACAAUUGGCACUCAUUAAUAUGACACAGGUUUUGACAUUUUCUCUUGCUUUUAUGCACAUUUUGCAGGAAAUUUCCUCCCAUUUCAUCAUAGUACAAAACAACAGGAGUAAUUGAGUAAUUGUUGAGUGACUGUGUAUUGGAAGUUAGCUUACUUGAUGUUUUGUUCAUGCCGUGAUCGUAAUGCCACAGACAAAUCAUUUAGGACCACAGAGGCCCUAUAUGAUUCAUCUUUUAGUUUACAAAACUCGCAUCAACUGUUAACCAGGGAGACUUUAGCAGAUACCCUUGUGUCUUGAAAUUUAGCAUCAUCCCCUGGAUUACGAGACUCAAGCUUGUCAUUUCAACCUUGAUGUGAAUAAAUCAAAGCGGGAAAAGAUGAGUCACUGCACCACUGCAUGUUAAAUGGCACUUGUUCUCCUCCAGCCACUUUGUUGGGUAACAAGAAGGGGAAACUCCCUUGCUUCUCCUCCAGUUUCACCAAAAUUGAGCUAAUGUCUUUAUUUUGCAGCUUUCACCACCCAGUUAAAAUGACAAGCUAGAGUCAGUUUGUGGUCCUGCGAAUAAUUACAGCAGGCCUCAUCCCUUGCUCAUCGGCCACUGCCCUCUAACUCAGGCUCCAGGCUACCAUUACCCAUAACUCUUCCUUCCUUGCAUCACAUGAUUUCUUAGAUAGAUGCUUUCACUUAUUUCAUCUCUGUAGAUAGUUGAGUUUGAGAGCAAGAAGUGUCAUUGUGCUGUACCUUAUUUUAUUGGCAAAGGUUUGCUAUUUUCUAUGCCUUUAGAAAAAAGGAAAUGACAUGGAGAUUUCAUUUAUCAACUGGCAAACAUUGGUUGGCAUCUGUUUUAAUUGUAGAACCGACAGUUAAGCCAAACACACAUGAUUCUGGUGCUGUUUUUUGUCGAGAUUCUGACAUAGUAAUUAAAUGGCCAGAUAUGCUUGUCAGUCAGGUGAGCAUUUAUACCCCAGAAAAAAAGGAUCAUAUUUUCCCCCAUUUUUUAAGGUACAGCAGAGGAAGAAAUCAUCUCAAUCAUCAAUUUACAGAGACAUUGUUUGGCCUCUUUAGUGAUGACAUAGCUGGGUUUAUCUCAUCUCCCCAAUAAACCUUCAGAAAGGGAAAAACUGGACUAUCCCACUGGAUUGUUAGUCAUUGGCUGAGCUGGGAGGUGUGGUGGAUGUCACAUGUGCUGUUAUGUGAUCCAUCCUGUGAGUACCAGCCUCUCCUACAUACAAGCAUAAACACACACACACCAUUUUCCAUACAACACAUCACACUGAAAAUUAACACCUUAAUGUUGAAGAUGUGCCUGAAACAAAUAUAACUGCAGUUUUUGAUUCCAUCAUGAAAGAAAAUUGUUUCCUGAUAGAUGUUUUUUUGCCCAGGAUGAAAACCUGUCAUAGAUCAGACAUUUAUUUUUAUUUUUAGCCUGUAAUUGAAGUACCUUAUGACCGUGUAUUUUUAGCAGUCUUUUAAAAAUCAUAAAACCAGCUUGUUUUUUAUUUAUUUAUUUAUUUUUGCUCUUCUUUCUUCUCUGCUGUGCCACUGCUGUGGCCGUUCCUUAAAGUAUGUUUCCCUCAUUUCCGCACCAGCCAGCAGGGUAUGCUUUGUGACACAGAAAGUCACUGUGACAAAGAGGUCACCCCUCCCCAACUUACUGUAUCUAUGUUUAUAUCGCUGUCUGUUUUUACUCCAUCUCUCCAGCGUCCCCUCCACCCCACUCUUCCCUGGCCUGCUUCUUAAGUCUAUCCCUCUCUCCUCAUUCACAACUGUCAGUGCUCUUGCCUGUGGGAAGCAACUUUCCUCUCUUAUUGCAAGCAGCAAAUGUGUUGCCAAAUAAAACAAUUCGAAACAUUUUCUAUAUUCUGUUUUAUUUUUCCCAAAUCCUUUUUUUUCCAUUUGGAUUUUCUGAAUUGCAAGUUCCACAAUGUAAUCGCGUUUUGUAAAUCUGGUGGGUGGCAGUUCAGUAGGAAAGUGUUUGAAAUGUGAUUUAUACAUUUAAUCAAAUUUUCUUGGCAUUAUAUAGUUUAGAUAAGUAUUGUGAAUUGUGUCCCACUUGACUUAUUCACCAGGACACUACAAUUUCUUCUUUCUUCUUCGGCAACUGCUGCCACAGCUUUUCCCUCAGAUCUUGUAGGACAGCCUCCAUAUGCCGCUCAAACACAUGGGGGAGGUGGGUCUGACACAGGCCACUCUCCUGCUUCAGCAAUGCUUCGACUUGUCGACGAUGCCUCACCCAAAAUGCUCUGUGAUUUUUCUUGUGGAACACCUGAUUCUGCACAUACAGCCACAAAGUCUUGGGGGAAUUUAUGUCUUGCUUCUGCUGAUGUGUUUACUCAAAGGAGAGUUUGCUGAAGUGAUACACUUUUACUUGCAUGCUGCGUUUGACUGCAGGUGGUCAUCACUUGCAGGUCCAGUCAAUUGCAUGAAGACAGAAUUUACAGUAAAGUUGCUCUCCCUGUUCACAGAUGUCGUUCUAUUAUUUUCCUGCUCUAAACUUAGCGAUUGAUUUUUUUAUUUCUUAAAUUCAAAUCUUCACCAUUAAUGUCUCUGUGAAGGAGACUGAUGCAAUGCGUUUUAUAGGUGGCACAUGAGGCCACACAUUUUAGAUAAAGAUGCAUGCAAGAAAUUAAAAAUAAAGCAAAGAUUUAGGAGCAUUUUGAAUUGAAUACAGCAUCAACUUAACAAACCUCCAUUCACAUACGUCAAGAAACCAUUCUGAUCUGUUGCCAUCAACAACAGGUAGGCUUGGUACACAGUAUGCGCAGUUCCAACACAUAUCAAAUAAAAUUUUAGUUUAACAUUUACUUGAAAGGGAUAUUCUGGCAUAAAUUAAAGCCAUGGUUAAACACACCAUUACACCGGGUUAGACCCCCCUUUGAGAGAUGAAUUUUGCCGACCGCUAGCUUCUCUAGUUCCACCAACUUUAGCAAAUACUACACAAUAGCAAGACAGAGUGGUGUAUGUCUCCCGGUGCAAACCGCAACCAAAAAGCGACUCAUAGCCACAAAUAAUGCGCGGAACAGCACCUAACUUCAUCAACAGUACAUAUAGGGUCCCAGCACGUAGUACUAGCCAUCAAACAUCUUUUUAGCUUUGCCUGAUUUCUUUAGCAAAGAGACUAAAUACAAAAGUCCUUUGAAGCUCAUGUACAAAAAAUCCUCCUAUGUGUAUUUUACUUGAACCUUAAGAUGGGGUUGUUCAUAUGUACUAGCAGUCAGCCAAACAGUCAACUAGUCAUUUCAUUACAGCUGACUACUGUCGCCUAUUUGGCUGUAAUUAAAUAGUUUUGUCAUUAAGUUGUCACUGACUGUACAUGUUAAUACCCCUGUCUCCUUCACCUCAGCUCCAAAUCAACAAGUAUGGCCCACUCGUAUCUAUUCUACCACAACUGAUCAGUAAUAAAGGCAUGAUGACAGAACUACUUUGAUUUGCUCUGUCUCUUUUUCCACCUUGACAUUUGUAGUAUACCUGAAUAUAAAGUAAUGUAACAGACAGCUUCCCUGUUUACAGAUAAAGAGAUGGCUAAUCAGACCAUGAUGGCUGUCUGCUCCGAAUAUUAGUACAAGAGGAUCAUUCAGCACCCCUUACACAUGCAAAGGAUCAUUCAUAUCAGACAGCUGAAUUCUCAGGGCUGCACAUCUGUUCAUAUGCAUGCAUGCAUGCACUUUUCUCUCCCUCUCUUUUUCACUGGGCUAACAUUCUGCAACAUACAUACUUAAUUGAUGAUUUAAUGGUAAAACCCCUGGGAGUUUUUAGAUUACAGUCACAGCCCCUAAGGCCAUUUAAACUGUUAAGGGAGUGUAUUGAAAAGGGCAUACUUUCUCAUAGUGUCAAACAAAGUAAAUUAAGAUGACACAUGUUUCUUUGCAAGGUUAACAUAAAAUGAAUCCCUAUCUCCUCAGUUCAUAGACAACAGUGCAAUAAAACAGACUGAAUUACAUCACAAUGUGUGCUUCAUGCAAGAAGUAACAUAUGGGGACAGAAGGUCUAGAAUAGAAAAGCAUGUGUAGUAGGGCUGGGACGAUAUGCUUUUCUCCCGAUUCGAUUCUUCCACGAUUUUUUUGUAUGCUAAUUCAAUUUAAAUUGCGAUUCUACGAUAUUGUCUAUUUUCUCGAUUUUUAGUCUGCAUUUUCAACACCAGUGAAACAGUCGAAUGAUUAUGAUUGUUGACUGACUAUUCCAGGAACCAUAUUUCCUCAAAAAAUAUGCAUCACAUGAAGUCAGUUUUUAAGAUUUUUUCUUAAAUUUGAAAAAAAAAAUCGACUUUUAAACAAAAAAAUCGAUUUAAAAUUUGUAGAACAAAAAAUUGCAAUACUUAUGUGAACCGAUUUUUUUCUCCCACCCCUAAUAUAAAGUAGCAUCUCUAUACAUCACGGCUUUAUGUUUUAUUGCAAAUCAUGGAGCGUAUAAUUGAUUGGAAUAUUGACAAGAGUUACCAUUACGCAGUAUUGGUAUUGAUAGUGGUGAAGUUAAAAUUCAAAUAAAACUCAUCCUUUACUUGUCCGUUCAGUACACUAACUGUAGAGUGUCAGAUAGAAUCCAAAAACUUUGGACAUUGCUUGUAUUCACAUACAUGUCAUUCAGAGAACAGCAACCAAAUAACCAUGAUCUCGUGUAUGGCUCACCUUGAUCUCCACCUCUUCUGUACCUGACAGGAUCAAAGUCUUCACACUCUACUGUAAAACAAACACAUGCCAACACUCACAGAGAUGUGUAUUUUUCAUGGAAGUGCACUCCCUCCUGUGCAGUGUAAAUCCAAUCUCAUUUGAAGUUUGUGGAAAGUCCUCAUGUCAUUCAGACCCACCUUCUUUCAAUCUCUGAAUAAAAUAGAAUGUACGUAAUCUCAUAAAUGCUUCAUACACCGUUCUUCAGCUUCAAGUUUGUUUUGAACAAGAAAAUGUGUGAAAGGUAAAUCUGAUCACCUGAAAUACAACAGCUGUUCCUUGGCAUGCUCUGUGAGAGCUUAACGUGAUAUUUCUGCCAAAAUAAAUGUUUUCAGUUGUUUUGUUUUUUUUACAAGGUACACGUAAUCAGCUUACAACCUGAAUUGUUCUAGUCACAUCAGGCCAGAGUUCAGCAGCUCCAAAAGCUACUGAACUUUAACUCUUUAAACUGAUAGUCUGUGGAAUAGCACAAUGCCCCCCCCCCUUGCUACAUGAACUCAGCAAUGACCCUCUCACUAAUAACAAUACACAAGCAGACUGUUGUAAUAUGCUUCUCAUCUAAUUUCCUAAUUAUACACAGAAACUUCUAUUAGUUGGUUGUCAGAUGACAAAUCCAUAUCUGGUUCCCUGUCAUGGAGCAAGACUCGACACUAAAGUAAUCAGAAAUCACAGGGUUGCUGUUUUAUCCUUAGGCCUUGUGCUGAUUUAACAUAUGAGGUGUGCCUGUUAUUUGAAGUCAUUACUGCAGUGGAAGAUUUGAUUGAUGCUGCCUACCGUGUUCACACAAUAUGUUUAUCACGUCAGAGUCAGACGUUUCAGAGAGCUGAAAACCUGUUUCCUGGCUUUGCGUGCCCGAGCCUGGAAUGAGUACAGAUCUGGUCUAAUAACCUGAUGCAUUAUUUAGCGCACUCCCAAUACCAGUGUGCAUUUAGCGUAAUGGCCUGUCAAGGCUGAAUGCAAUCACAAAGGACUGACUUCACUGAUCAGUUGAUGAUGUAGGAAGGUAAAUGGGUGUGUUUAUUUCUAUCGGUUCACUGUGACCGAUGAAUGAGGAUGCCCCCUGGGAUUAGUUUGCCAACAUGCAGUCAAGCAGUUUUUAUGAUUAGCUCAGGGCAGCGCCAUUUAUACUGGUCACUGUUGUGUAUCAUUACAUUUCACAAUUGCUGUAUGGAUUUUGUAGCUAAUAUGUUAAACCUGCCAAAAGGACUAAUUAUGUAUGGAAAAAAAGCCACAGACUUAUUUUUAGAGCUUUCAUUUAACUCCACAUAGCCUCAGAGUAUCGGCCACUGGGGCAACUCAAAUCAUUUAGGCCAGUGUGAAAGCUUGAAAUGUAAAACCCAUGUCCAUCACAUGCUUUCUCGGUGUUAAAACACAAUAAACAGGCUGAAAGUCUCAUGUUGUUGUGUAAUUGCCUUUGUAAAACUGACAUGAAGGCAUUGACUUGUUUUUUUCAAUAGUGCGGCUCUCAUCUCAAGGUGUGUGAUUGUGAAGGACCUUUUGAGUAAGCAUGUGUAAGCCUGAGAAAUGCGAGGGAAAGAAGCUCAAUUUAUGCACCAAGACGGUGGAAGAAAAAAGAAAUUCCCUUGCUUGUUGUUUCACUGAACACUCAUCCGCCGUCCGAGGAAAACAAAACAGUAUAGCGUACCGCUUGUCCGAACAGUAAAUGCUCUGUUAAGUUAGAUAAUAUGGAAUUUCUUUCUGCCUGAUUUUGAGUGAACAUAAUUUAAUCUGGCACUUUUUUUUUUCCUUUUUCAGCCCGUGUCCUGAAUUCCCUCCUGACAUAUUUGCAGUCACAUGUUGUUAUUUCCAGUUGUGUGCAUUUACCGUUAAUCAUAUGGAGCAAUUCACUGUGUGAGAUAUUCCUGGGCGAAGCAUGUGGUGCUGCAAUCCAAGACGUCAACAUACGACUCGGGGGCCCGAGUCAGUGCUGUCAUUGAUGCCUGCAGCUAUAAACUAAAGACGGGAUCUUUUGUUUCUUCUCUUCCUUUGACCUUUUUUUGUAAUAAGAACAUCAUGUCCCCGUAAUAACAUGGUCAGUAACAUGCUUCGGUUGGGGGGCAUACUGUUCGAUUUCAAUGAACUGAGUAGAGGAACCGAACGAUAGUACAGACGUGUUUUCUACAGUGUUGUAUGAGACGCACGCUUCUGUUGUUUUUUUUCUAAAUAGGCAUGAUUGAUGAAGUGAUCCGCCAGAAGAUUUAGAAUUAUUCAGCCUGGCACUUUCCCUCAUUGGUUGUUGAUCUGUGAGUUUGUUGAGGUUAGUAUUAGAUUAGUUACCAUCCCCAUCUCUCCUUCGCUCCUCCAACCCCCUUCAAUCAUUCGCUUCACUUUCCUCCGCAAAGGAAGCGAAGAAAAAAUAAGAAAGGGGCUUUGUACAAAGGACAGUGAUUGUUUGUUUACGAGGAUGCUAGCCUUGCGGUGACAUGCCCCCCUCCACACACACACACACACACACACACACACAUGCGCACACACACUCUCCCUCUCACUAGGCCGUUGAAGUGAAAUAGAUACGCCGAGCAUUAUGUAAUCAAAUGUAAACCAAAUCCAGCAUUUUGAAGGGGACUGAGGGUUUUUCCACUUGGUUCAUAUGGCCCCUCGUUCCUCACCUCAGGACACAGACAUUGGAGUUGAGUUUACCUUUAACACUUGAAUUAGUCCUUAAGAGCAGGGUGCUGUUUUGUCUGCAUGGAAACAGAUGAAAAAAGUGUGAUUUACUCAAUAACAGUUGAAGCAUUUACUUAAUCUGUAGUUUAAUUUUAAUCUUUUAAUUUGUGUGUUUUUUUAAGGAGGCAGAAUUGUUACUCUUAUUUUAUUGCAGUAAUCAAGCACCUGGCUAUUUUUCUCAUAUUUGUCUUUCUCUGUUUAUCUUCCCUGUGUUUAGUAAUGGAGACAACUGUUGUGAGCACAUCCACUGUGGCCCCUGAUGAGUUCGACAGGAACGUGCCGCGGAUCUGUGGCGUGUGUGGCGACAAAGCCACAGGCUUCCACUUCAAUGCCAUGACCUGUGAGGGCUGCAAGGGUUUUUUCAGGUACACAAUUGCAUAUGUAAUGUCACAGAUAUACUGUACAGGAGCAGGACUCAGUUAAAUAUGUAAUGUAUAUGGACACAAACAACUCACAUCAGUUAAAUGUAAACCAAAACACACAUAUUGAACAGGUUAUUGACACGUUCUAAUCUGCAGACACACACACACACACACACACACCCUUACACUCAAAAACAUAAAUGUGUGUAUAUAUAUAUGUAUAUCUAUAUACAUAGGUGUGUGUUUAUCACAUGACCACCUACACGGACAUAUUGAACAUAAUUACCACCCACAGUUACACAACAACACACACAUAACAACAUUAAAGCGACUUUUCUCUAAUGCCCAGCAGCAUGGUGAGAAUAUAAAUGAGCCUGUUACUACAGUUAAUGCUUUGGCUGCUUCCUGCUCAUUCUUACACACAUGAGUUUUCAAUUCAGCGAAAGACAAAACUAGAGCAAAUCUUGAUCUUGUGAGACUGGCGUGCGUGAUGUAUCUGCCAGUUUGCGUUCAGUUCUUUCUGCAGUGUUGAUAUUUGAAGGCGAGGAUGAAAAAGACGGAUGUUUGAUAAUCCCCUUCCUCAUCUCUCAGCUGGCCCUCGUUUGAACUCACACCAUGCAUGCUUCUCUGUGUGUUUUUUGCUCACAUCUGUGUAUAAUUGUUCAUACAUUCACGUCCUUCACCGACUGAAUCAUUAUGCUCUGCGUCACCGUUUGGCAAGAAUUAUGUUUGACCCCGGAUUCCUUGGCAUCCAUCCAUAUUUAUACUGUUUCACGCAGUUCCAGGCUCCAGGAGCAAAAAUAUGUUUUCUCUUCAGCGAUAAUUUUCGAUUAGUGCAAAACAACUUGUACUUGUACAGGUGCUAUGUUUGUCAAAUGUAGAUACUGCACCAAUCUCAAUUAUCGGUCAAGUUACAAAUAUGUUCAGACUCGCACACAGCGCCUAAUAAUUUCCUUGAAUUAUGCUUUUGUGUGUUUACAAACAUUUGCUCUAACAGUCUGUCCAAUAUAUGCUAUUCAUUUAGGCGCAGCAUGAAGCGCAAGGCAACCUUCACGUGUCCAUUUAAUGGCAGUUGCACCAUCACCAAGGACAACAGGCGCCACUGCCAGGCAUGCCGGCUAAAACGCUGUGUGGACAUUGGCAUGAUGAAAGAGUGUAAGUAUGACCUGUUAUGUUUUCAAAAGAAAGCUCCCAGCUUUCUGUGUUUGUAGAUUUUUGCAGGUUACUUAAAUAAAUGAUUAUGGAAGAUUGAAAUGGUUGUAUAGGAUCGUGUUUUUAAGACUACAAAUAAAAAACAUUUAAAUUGAGUCUUAUUUUGUUGUGACCAUUUAUCUUUGGAAGAACAGAAACUUCAUUACACACUAAGAGAAGAUGAUUCUUGUACGUAAGUGUUACUCACUGUAUAGAAAUACUAAAAAAUCUACUUCCAAUGUUGUUCUUUUUCAUGCUAGGUAGUAAAAUUUAAUCAAUGCUGUUUCCAGUUUUGGGGACCUACUGUCCCUUUUGUAUAUAUUAUAUAAUAUUUGGACUUGGGUCAAGUUUCUGGGGGUCUUUGCUCCCAUUAACAUGUUUACAUGUUCUGUUUGAACAAGCAGAGCCUCCCAACAUUGUAUACAGAGAGUAUACUCCAUCUGAAGUUUAAACACCUGCUGUUAUGUACAAUCCAGCGAGGCCUCUUCUUUCCACACACUCCUGUUUAUUUUGCUUCUCUAAAUAGCAGGUACAUUUCUUCUUGUUUUCCCCCGAUAUCCGGAUAUUGUCCACAGGCCUCUUUUAAGCAAAGGCCUCUCACUUCCAGUUGAAUGUUCUUUCCCCUGAGUGUGUUUUCUGGGAAUACCACAAAAGUGGAGGUGGCAGCAGCACUACGAUUUACUGUGCAUGAACAGGAGCCAGUUCCGUUGCUGUUGCAAAAUCAGAAGUAUGUUGAUGAGUCUCAGCACUCGCUCUUAGUUUGUGUGAGCUAAUUCAGUGGCUGGAACAACAAUGAGCAAAUAGAACACGGACAAAGCUUUUUGUUGUUCACUGCAGCGAGGGUCUUCAUAUGGACCUGUCCCCUCCAAUGUCUUCCUCUCGGGAAUUACACACACACAUACACACACCCAACAACAAAUUGACAUAGCUGUCAUCGCAUUACAAGUUCAUACUAGAAAGCUUGAAAACCUAUAUUCUGUAAAUUCCACUUGUGGGCCUGUUUUUGCCUCAUCUUAUUUCUGCAUAUGUAAAAAAAUGUUUCCACUCUGUAUGUUUUUUCUCCUCAUUUAUAUAAUCUAAUACUCCCUCCCUCCCUUUUGUCUCCUUUCUCUCGCACCCUCAGUCAUUCUGACAGACGAGGAAGUGCAGAGGAAGAAGGACCUGAUUCAACGAAGGAAGGACGAGGAGGCACAGCGCGAGGCAGAGAGAGAGGCCCAGCGGCCCCGGCUCACCGAUGAACAGAGUCAGGUCAUCGCAACACUGGUGGAGGCACACCACAAAACAUAUGAUGACUCCUACUCUGACUUCUGCCGCUUCAGGGUUGGUGUCACAAGAUACAGUACCUCUACUCGUGUCAACAACAGUUCUUAUCUUUAGGAUCAUUCUACUAACAUAAACAAAGAUAGGAUUGAACUCAAAACGCCUUUCUCCUACUUAUGAUUGAUUGGCAAAUACUGUAUAUAAUCUUUAAAAGCUGUUAUGAAAAUAGCCUCUCUUUUUUUUUUUUUACUGUGCAUUGUGAAAUAUUUGAAAUAUUCAAAAAACUGCACUUUCCGUUUCCUUGAAUGCAUAUCUGAUUUUUUAACAGAUUAUUUUUAGUUUUUACGCAUAUUUUCUUCUUUAAAAUCGUGUUAAGGGUUUUCUGCGAUCUAAAUGCCCUUUUUCCCCCUAUGCAGCCUCCUGUGCGAGAGGGCCCAGUGACACGUAGCGCCAGUAGAGCUGCUUCCCUCCACUCCCUGUCAGAUGCCUCUUCUGAUUCUUUCAGUCACUCUCCAGGUAAGAGGCACACCCUAAGAGAAAAAAACGUCCAGUUGUGGACAUCAACAAUAAUUCGCACAUGGAAUCAAGACAAAAAAAAUGUCAGCAACCUAAAAUCAUGACAGACUUCUUAAAGAUCUUGUAGUCAAAGGUAAGGUAGAAGUAGAAGAAUUCACAUUAAAACUAUGCGCACUGAAGAGUGUUGCAUUUCAUGUUAUUAUUGAUUUUUGUCAUGUUUACCUCCCAGUUCAGCUGUUUGCAUAUGUAAUCUGUUUAACUGCUUCUCCGAGAAUCCAGAGGAAAUUCUCUGAAUUGCCCCUCCCCACCCAACCUCACCCCCCAAGACACCUUACUCCCACAAGUAAACAUGAGUUCAUUAAUGCAUCUGUCACUAAUGGGGUGAGCUCAGCGAGGGACACAGUCACAUGGCUAACAGCCAACGCUCAGCGGAGACAAAUGAUUCAAAACAACCCCAGCUAGCUCUGCAUGCCUCACAUGUUGUCAUAGCUGUCAUCUAAGCUUAUAUCUGACAUCUACUGACCCGGCACUCGCGUGUUUUCAUAUGAUCCUUUCAAUUAACAAGGCCUCUAUAUGUGAGAGGUUUCUCUCAGGCCUCUUAGCACAAAUGUGUCUUUAUGGAAGUCAAGUGUGUCAUUGAUGUGCUUUAUGUAUACCAGCUUUUCUCUCCCCGCUUUCCUACUGUUUUCUCUUUUCUCUUCCACCAUGUUGUGGAACCUUAAUCUUACUCACUGUAGAGUCUGUGGACACAAAAAUGAACUUCAACAACCUGAUGAUGAUGUACCACGAGCAGGGCAGCAGCCCCGACUCCAGCGAGGAAGAGGCCUCCAGCUUCUCCAUGCUGCCACACUUGGCUGACCUGGUCUCUUACAGCAUCCAGAAGGUCAUCGGUUUUGCGAAGAUGAUCCCAGGGUUUAGGUAUGUGUGUGUUUGUACUUACAUAAGAUGUAUCUUCAAGUCUGUAGUAGUGUUUCUGUAAGAGUUUUUGGUCUGUCAGGUUGGUCUGUGGUUGUGAAAAAGGAUGAAACAAUUGUAGGAGAAGAUUUUGCAGCUGAAGAUGCUCUGCCAGUGUGUCCCACACAAACACAAUACCAGCGUGGCCUGCCAAAGAAUGAUUCGAAUGCCAUUUUAAAAUGUCUCUAUUUUCUUCCAAAAAGUCCACCAUCCCAUGACAAAUAAGUAAUCUUGCUUUCUUCACUCAUACAUCAACUUUUAUUCCAGAUGAUCGAUCUCUCAUCUUUUUCUGCCACUUGCACCAGUUGCAGAAGUAAAAAAAAAGAGUUUAUUUUAUACUCAUUACAUGUAAACCAAAUUUUUAAGGCUUUUUUAAAGGUGUUCAUUCUGACAAAUAUGGUCUUCUACUCAAAAUUUUAAACUAUGUAUCUCAAAAUAUUAGAAUAUUUCAGUCAGAGAAAAUCACCAUUCAGACAGUUUAAAUUAGGGCUCUGAAGUGGCUGUCCUGCACUCUGGAGGAGGAGUACAAAGGUGCGAAAGGAGAAGUUACCACAGCCUGUGAUGAUUCAGCGUGCCAUGCCUUCUAUCAGGGUAAACCCACUGUGUCUUAUCAAGCCUGAAGUCAAUGUAGCCGUCUAUCAUUAGAUUUUAGAGCAGUCCAUACUUCCAACCAUUGACAAGUUUUACGGAGAUGCUGAUUUCCUUUCUAGAAAGACGCCCAGAAUGCCAAAUGCACAUGGUCUGUUGACCAUGAUACUAAUGUUGUGCUUGAUUGGCCAGCCAACUUACCUGAUCUGGACCCCCAAAAGACCCUGUGGGAUAUAUAUUUAUCAGAAAAAAGGAUAAGAAAUACCUUACCCAGUAAUACAAACCAUCAGGAAGCUGUCAAGAGCUGUCAAUAGUUUAGGUUUUACUAACAGCUCAGCAGUACCACUGGCUGAUACCACAUACUGUCUCCAUACCACACCACCAUCAGUGCAGUAAUUUGUGGUAGAGGAUCUUCAAACAAGCAGUAAAAGUGAACAUACAUUUUAGAAGCAAGUUUAUUUAUUUUUUAUCAGAUAACUGAUUUUCAUGAGCUAAAAAUCACCAAAUUUCAAAUAAAAAGGGCCUGAAAUAUUUCAUUUUGCAUGACACAAACAUGAAGUGUUGUGAAAGCAGUAUGAAAUGCAGUAUGAUUCAUCGAUACACACCUGUAAACUGGAUGGCUUAUACCCUAAAAAAAUGACGAACCAAGCAUCUUGUACUGUGCAGUAUUUUAAGUGGAGUAUAUUCUUACAUGGCAUGUAAAGUAUAUUGUUCAACAGGAGAAUUUUGACAAAUCUAUUUUUGCAUCCUAGAAAGAAUCAGAUUAAAUGGGUUAGUUUUGUCUGAGCUACGUUUUGCCAUGUAAAAAAACUUUCCUUCCUUUUUUUCUGUAGUUUGUUUUUCUGAUUGAUUGAAGAAGAGGCUUGCUUACGUAACAAAGCCAUGAAAAAGUACCUAAACGAAGCAUACAGUCAGAAUUUCCCAAACGCCUCCACAUGUUUUUGUUAUUAACGUUUCUCUCGAGUGACUUUUUACCUAAAUGUGCACUGAGGACUUUGUACUCUUACUUGCUUCUUGCCCGAUUUGUCGAUACUGUGCCACAGUGAUUGCAGCAGUCUCGAGGCCAUAGGUAACUGAAAGAUUGCCCACGCAUUGUGGAAAAUAUUUGAUGAUAUGUUGUUCCUUCUCUGGAUAAGUUAACACACUUGCUUUCACUCUCUUGUUGGUGUGAAGUUCAGCCCUUAAGGUUGUUAGUAGGUGAUUGCCCAACUCAGAAGAAGACCGUUCUUUAGAGCUGAGCACUAACCUAUCUGCCUCCCACAUACAUCCUCAGUUUUUUUAGCUGAUAAUCAAAAUAAAUGUAGAUCCCUGACGCAGGAAGGACUGACUUCCGUCUACAAGUUUGAUUGGUACACGGUUAACCUUGAAAUAAGGUGAGGUUGAUAGAAAACAAGAGUAAGAAUUGUGUUUUUGACUGGAAGGCAGAAUUACAAUAGUCAGCCCAGACUAUUCCAUUGUCUCUUCACCGCCUACUCUUCACAGCAACAGUUGCCUUUCAGCAUGUUUGUCUGUCAGUUCAUUGACAGGGAGAAAACACUCCUGUCUCAUGGGUCACCUCAAAGUCAAGGCUAAAACGAGUCGGGGCCUGUAUUUCCUGAAAGUUGUCGUACUCAAUGGCAGCGAGUGAUCGACGUGGUCGGAUUACCUUUGGAAUGUUUGUCCACUUAUGAUCUGCUGCCUUUAGGCCUGAAAAACACAGCAGACCUCCCUUAUAGAUCCACAGUUUUUAACUCAUGUCUCCUGCUAGCUCAAAAGGUUCAUUUUCCAAACAUUUAGAGACAUUUCAAAACAUGACUAUAAGCAGAAACUGACUGAUGGCGAUGGCCCAUAUAACAGCACUUGAUAUGUUUGGGCGCUUUUCUUCUUCUUCUACUGCAGAUAAACUUAAAAGACUUUGGCUGACCUCAAACCUACACUGAUAAGCACGAUCCUUUGAACCACAUUAGCCAACAUAUUCCAGACUAAAACAUGCAGAUGUCAUAAAUCUGUACCUGUUUCCCUGCUCUGUCAGAUCCUGUAAAACUAACCAUAAUUAAAACUGGGUCAGCUCAGGACUAUGGCUUUAAUAGUUUACUCUUUGCGGUCCACUAACUCAGUAGGUGUUAUCUUUCCCUGCAGGGAGCUGACUGCUGAGGACCAGAUCGCCCUCCUUAAGUCCAGUGCCAUAGAAGUGAUCAUGCUGCGCUCAAAUCAGAGCUUCAACCUGGAGGACAUGUCCUGGAGCUGUGGCGGGCCUGACUUCAAAUACCAGAUCAGUGAUGUCACCAAAGGUUGGUCUUGAACUCUGCCACGUGUACAGUUUUGAGCUGCCGGGAAGACAAGUUCACAUUUUGGACUAUGUAUUUGCAUGCCAGUCCCCCUCAUUUAGCUCACUCGACAGCUGAAGAAAAGAAGCGCGUGUUACACAUUAACACUCCUGCUCCGAGCUCGCAGGAAGUAGUGCAGCGCUAAGGAGGCGAUCGGAUCAUUAGCGUGGAGGCACAGAUAAGGUUACUAGCAGUGGCCUGUGCAAAUACCCAUAGGAAAGGGAUGCUAACGCACACUUUUUUUCCGCUAAACCAGUCUUACAUAUCCGCAGGAGCCCCUGUGGGCAUGGCUUUCAUUUGCCUUUCAAACAAGACCCCUCUGACUAGGAUCAACCAAAGAAUGUCACUCCUGACCUGCUCACCACACAAAACAGCCACUGUCUGCAGCAGGAAAGUGUGUGUUCCUGACAGGAAUUUGUGCUUUUCUUAAAAUAACCCUGAAUAGUCCACAAGAACAUGACUGGAAUACAGAUAUAUGUGUUUCACAUGCAAGUUUCAAGUCAAGAUAACAAAAAGAUAACGUCAACUCUCUCGCAUGCAGGUGUUAAAUUAGCCUUAUACCGUGUUUCAUGUUGGUUACUGCUGUACAUCAUUUAUAUUGUUUAGUCAGAAUCAAACCCAUGAUUUUCAUUACUACAGUUUUUCUCAAUUGCUAAAACACAUUUCUUGACAUCCAUCACGCUUUUCUCAACACUACAAGCACAAAACCCAACUUUCAAACUGCUUUUCACCAAACCUCUGACUCUUGCUGCAAAACCAAACACAAACCUCAAAACGGUUCAAUCUGUGCUCAGAACCAAACAGUGUAGUCAGAUCAUACCCCAAGUCCAUCAGAAUUAAAAACACGACUGAGCAGUCUCUACACACUACGUAACAAAAUGGAAAACAUAACGUGGCUCAGGACUUGAAUCAGUAGAAAUUCUUGUUUACAGUAGGUUAAAUAAAUUUUGCACACAGUAAAGAUAAAGUAAAAGCUAAUAUAAAUGAGAAGCACACUACAGUGCAAACCACAAUAUCAAACACAAGUGCUGAAAGUAUCUACGAUCAUUCAGCCACAGCAUCAUGUCUACGUGCUGGAUCAGGCCACAGGCCAAAUUCACCUUGACCAAGUAAUGGAGAAAGCACCCCCUGAACUGGCUUACUGUGUAUUGUUUCAUGUUGAAGCUGUGACACUUGUGUUUCAAAUGUGUUAAAUUUUUGCUUCCUGUGCUUGCCAUCAUGCAACACAAGUGCAUCACACUUCACCACAGUGCACAAUGUGUUUUAGUGAGCGAGAAUGUGUUUGCAAGUUAUGUCUAACCAAGGAGAAAGGUGCUUAUGGUUUAGCUUAAAGAGUGACUGGUUCAAUAAAUAGGUUCAGGCUACUAAGCAGCUGGUUUAAACGAUAGACUUAAUUUUUUUAGCAAUUGAGAAGUACUUUAAAAUUAGUUGAUUUGUUUGAAAGUCAACAUAAUUUUUUUUUAAAUGUCAUGCAUCCCAUCAGUUCAACUUUACACUACCAACACCUGUGUAAUGAAUAUGACAGCAAGUUUUCACUCUAUAACAAUUACAUGUUCAAUGUAUAUGCUUAUGGUAUUGCAUCUUAUUUACACUUUUACAAUUAACCCACCACUCCACCACACCCUGCCUGAGAAAUGGAGCAACCAGUGAUCUAAAUUCCGAUUUGCUGAUUAAAAAGCAUUGUGAACCAUUCUUGAUAAAAACAAACCUUAACACGUAGAAUGCAGAAAAAAAGUCUCUCCAGAGAUGAUUCCAACAGGCAGAGUGAAAUAUUAAUGAGUAAGAGGGAUGCUAACAUUCCCGGGGGGGGGGGUCUUUCUGCUGUGAUGUGAAGUAUGGAGCUGAUUCUGCAUGCUGCUCAGAUAGUAAAGCUGCGUUGCGUCCUUUGUAGCGGGCCACACUCUGGAGCUGCUGGAGCCACUGGUGAAGUUCCAGGUAGGCCUGAAGAAGCUCAACCUGCACGAGGAGGAACAUGUGCUGCUGAUGGCCAUCUGCCUGCUUUCACCAGGUAUAGUAGUUUUUUUUCUGUGUGGAGGAGGGCACAUAUAAAGGGUCAGCAGCAUGAGUUAUGUAUGUGAUCUUUCUUGUCUUUCGAUGUAUAUAAAACAGGUGAAUUAUUGUUCAUAUUGUAACAGAAGUUUUGAUUUAUUUUAAAUUUAGUUGUCCCGUAUUACUUCACAAAACUAACAGAGGGGAGCAAACCCCAGAAGCCUGAAGGCUUUGCAUCUUUUGUGGUUUUUCUUUUUCUGUGCAUGUGGUAUGGAUUUGCAGAAUAUACAGUGCAUAUAUUAUACAUGUAGUUAUGCAAGCAAGCAAGCAUGUGUAACUAAAUGGAUAUUUGCAUGCCUUUGUAUAUAUGAGGCACCUCAUUAAAACUUCAUGGAUGUGCUCUCCGUGAUCUAAAAUUAGAGAGCCACCUGACCUGAAUGAAAGAAAUCGACACAAAAAUAAUUCCUUAUCGUUGAUUUGCAUUAAGACUAUUCCUAAUUCACAUUAAACUCAAGCAUCGCAGUCCUUUGUUUUUAUAUUGGGUUUUUAUUCCAACACUUAGUGCCUGGUGGCAUUUCUUUGUGUAACAGCCAUGCAUAUCUUAAGACUCCCCUCUCCUCUCCUGCAGAUCGCCCAGGUGUUCAGGAUCACGAGCGAAUCGAAGCCCUCCAAGACCGGCUGUCGGAGACUCUGCAAGCCUACAUCCGGCUUCACCACCCCGGAGGUCGGCUGCUCUACGCCAAGAUGAUCCAAAAGCUGGCCGAUCUGCGCAGCCUCAACGAGGAGCACUCCAAACAGUACCGCUCACUCUCCUUCCAGCCGGAGCACAGCAUGCAGCUGACCCCACUAGUGUUGGAGGUGUUCGGCAGUGAAGUCUCCUAAAGGCUCACAGGUUGGAGACACAGCACGAGACGAGACCCCUGGUGGUGGAAAACGAAGGGAGGGAGCAGAAGAUGUGCUGGAUGGACCAAAUUGGAAUUGUGGAGAAGUGAGUGCAGUUGUUGGGGGAGAGAAAGCGAUGUAGGUGUGUGUGUGUGUGUGUGUAUGUGUGUGUGAAAGUGUGUCUUGUCUAAUUAAGUCUAUCUCGGCGUAUAGGCCAAGGUUGUGUGGUGAGCAAGCAGAUGUUUAGAGAGACAGUAAACAAGAAGACUUCAUGUGAUACAAAUUCAACUCUACAUACAACCUCUUUUUUUACAUAGUGUUUUUGUCUGUAUUUAAAUCAACCAACAGCUGCUUCAGAUGCCUGGACAUUUUCUAUGUGUGUACCUCACGUGCACACACCAAUACGACAAACAUACUCAGUUAUUCAUUUAGCCAUUCAGUUGAGCUACCUCUUGGUUUUACUGGGGUUGUUUUAUAUUUACAUCACCUAUGUGAAACUCUGACUUUUACAUGGAACAAUUUAGAUACAGUACGGAUGACAUUUCAGUUUACCGGUGCAAAAGCAGUGCCUGCACAUUACUCAGAAUUUUUACGACGUUUGUGUUUGUUUUUUUGUUUUUUAUUCUUCAUCUGCUUCUCUCCAAGGCAGCAUAUGUAUAUGACUGUGUACACAAAUCAAACACAUGCCUUUUAACCUUUCACCAAAGGUAUGGUCAACUACUUUCUCAAAAAGCUUCCAGUACCUAAAAAUAACCUUGCUGCUGCUCCACGGCUCGUUUCACGCAUGCAGCCACUCGGCAUGCGAGCAGGUUGUGUGACCGGCCUUGCAGCUCAUGAAGGAAAAUGUCAUAAUUUAGGAUAAGUGCAGAGUGCAGAACUUAGUCUGUAAUUUAGUGAGGUUUUUGAUAGGACUUUGAGGUGUCUGGUUUUGAGGUGAGAAUUAGCCACUAAAUGUGUUAGCUACUUUUACACUGCUAACUGUCAAUCAAACCAAGCCUGCAUUACGGCUUGUCACUCUUUUUAAAAAAAACUGUUUUUCAUCAUUCUCUCUCUCUUUUGAUUAAUUUUUUUUUUCUUCUUGUAAAUAGUUAAUUACUACCACAUGUAUCCUAAGCACUGUUAUACCACCUUUACUCAAGCCUAUGUAUUGUUAUACAGUAUCUAUUAUCACAGAUUUUAAAGGGCUAAAAUGCCAAAUCUAACUGGAAUAGUAAAUGGAGGCCAAAGCAAAGGGGCCUGUCUUGUUUAUAUAUAGCUGCAUACCAUACUUGGAAUUGGCAUAGCUAUGGAAGUAAUUUCAACGGAUGCGUUUUGGUUUUAUACGUCGGUUCACCUUUAAAACAAUUCCAUGAAUUGUUCCUCCUCAGUACACCGUGAGCUCGGUGGGCGGAGAGUUUGGGAAGCUGCUUCAGACCUCCACAGAUAUCACACCCUUUCGUUUCUGACAGGGAAGUGGAUUUUCUAGAAUGUCUGAGGGCCUGAUUGUGUCGUUGGUGCGCACCUCCACACCCAGGCCCUCCUGUGCGAUGAUGUAUGCUGCGCAGCCCUCUAGUGGCUGCAUUGUGUAAAUACCAGGUAUAUAAAUGUAUCUAUAAAUAUGUAAUAUGUCCGCCGCUGUACAUAAGGCUACAUAGAUAUUUCUCAAGACAAAUUUUUCAGAAAUAUAUAUGCAAAUUCAAUAUAGACCCUUUUUUCUUUGAAUUAACUAUCACUACGUUCUGAGACACUAUGCUCUUUGUUAUGAAUUUGAUCAUGUAUUUUCUGGUGAGAAUGAGAGAAGAUUGGCUUUAACAGGGAUUGCUUGUGUAUUUGACUCAGAUUAUUUGUUUAAAGGUGGGUUGAUGUAUUUUCCUCAUUUUUCAUGUUCACUGUUAAAAAAGAGGACUAGCUAAACAUACCAUGCUGCUCUCUAAUAUAAGCCAUAUAGAUCACCAAGCUAGUAAUAGACCGGAUGCAUUACAGGAUAGCCAGAGCCAUGGAUACACUCAUCGACUCUUUUGCUAUUAUCCAUGGUUUUUGGAAGAUAAAGCUGGUAAACGAUUGGAACUCACACACCGUUUUUCUACUGUCCUACGUGGCUUUUGCUUCAUCAGAUGGCAUCUAAUGGCUUACAAAACCAAACUGCCAAAAGAUUUUAACUGCUAACAUUUAGACGUUUAGACGCAUGUGGGAUAUGGUAAAAAAAAAGUAUAUAAAUAUGUAUGUAUAACAAUAUGAAGUGUCUUUUGCGUUAACUAAGUGAACUAAGUGAGUCAUUUCAGAGAGACGACCCGCUUAGUUUUUGUCUUCUAUUUGCUGUGAAAGAAGACUUUAAACAGUUCCUGCGUUUGGCACUUAAAGACUCUUAUGAAGCAGACCUGGAGCCUCCAUCAUCUCAGCAGACCGGUUUAGUGUAAGAUCUGAACGAGAGAUGGUCCGAGAGAGAGCAUACGUGCGUUGUUGAGCUGAUUGAUUCUCUGCUUUGUGAAUGUUGUAAAAGAUGUCGCUUUAAUUUGUGUGGCCCACGUGGGUCCUCCUCCUCCUCCUCUUUUUUCAGCCCACCAUGAAAUAUUUAGUCUGUUUUCUGUCACUGUGGCUUUAUCCCAACAUUUCUUCGGUCACUGUGACUCUGUGCAUGCUUUUAGUCGGGAUAUACACGACAUACAUAAUCUGCAUAGCACAGAUAGUAAGAUGCGUUUUGGAUUUUUAACAUAUUAAUGUAAUCACAAUGAGUUAUCCCAUGAAAGUCAUGGGGUGUUAUCUAGUGUCUAUUUAUAAUUCCAAGUGUCCCACAAAUGUCCCUGCUGUGAUUGAACUUCAAGGAGUUGAGUCUCGAGUGUCUUUAGGCAGUACCACUCAUAUAUAUAGUAUGUCAGUUUGAUGAGGGGUAUGAUGUGCUUGGUUACUGAAUACUGACUUUUGAAGUUUUGAAAAGUCUCCUUGUUGAUUUUUUUUUUCUGAAUACAUACUUUGAUAUGUAGAUGGGUUUGAUUUUUUUUUUUCGUUUUGUUUUCCUUUGUUCUCUUGUUUAUAAGAUAGAGAUGCAGUGUUGAUUUGUGUAUGUUAAAUACAGUGGGAGGUUUGCUGAACAUGUAAGUGCCACGGGGAGAGUUCCCUCCAUACAAGAACAGGGUAAAAGAGGAGUUGCUCUUGGGAAUCUGAAAACCAAACGGGAAAGUCGUGAGGAUGCAUCAUUACAGCAGCCACUUUGAGAACAAAUUGGUUUUAGUCAGGGGAAUUCUGUCAUUCAUGUCUUAGAAAGGGAACCUUAUUUGCCCUUUUUUGAUUACUCACAGGAUUAAUGUCGUUUUUCUGGCCCUUUUCCCGGUAAUUCUCCACCCGACAAACCGUACAUUGCAUGCAGAUACAGUUAAAUGUACAUGUGGUGCAUCCUCAGACUUCCCUGUUUGGUUUCACCAUGGUAGGCUGCUCAGAAUCCGUAAGUUUUGAAAUCUGCAUUGUGGUUGUGAAAAAUACUGGAACUCGAAAAAAAAAAAAACAUGCAUCAAAGGAAAUCUACCACAAAAAACAACAACAAAACAAAACAAAGCUCCAUCUUUGGUGAGAUUUCCUCCUAACACAUUAACAAUGCCUGCAAUAUCCAACUUAUGGUACACUAUCACCAGCAAGCUUUACAGGAUAUCAUGUUAGACAUUUUUGAAGAUUUUUGUAUAACUGUUGCCAAUACAAAUCCUGUCUGUACAAACAUGUAUGAUAAUAUCAUCCACAGAAGACAGUAGGCCAUCUCCCAUACAAAGGCUUUCAAGUCUUGAUUUUAUUUUUUUAUUACUUUUUUGUUCUUCCCAUUAGGACAGGGAUUGUAAUGGAAUCAACUUAAUGUAGUUCUUACAAAAAGGAGUGUCCACAGUGGAUGUACACCAUAAUCUACCUAAAAAACCUACCUCUUUUAGCUCAGAAUUUUGCUUUAGCAUUAAGCAUUUGCCUCUGUUUUUACUUUUGUAAUAUUUGUAUUCAUGUUGGUAUUUAUUGCUGUCUAAUGAGUCAUACUUCAAUGAUUACCUCAGAGAUAUCUCACAGAUUUGGGAGAGUCCAGCUAAUGAAGUCAUUCAUAGGUUUUUUUGUACAGUUUUUUUUUUCUCUUCUCAGACUUAGCAUUGCCUUUUUUAACGCACAAAAUACCUGGAGUGUUUUUAAUAUAGUGCCUGAACUCUGACCAACGGGGCUCAGACCGGCUAGGGUAAGGCAGGAUUACUCAAAAUAAAAUACAUAAUUUUCAGCUUCUAUUGCUCUGUUUUGGGGACAUCUUGGUAAUAGUCAGCAACAAAUGCAUCCAGUUUUGCUGCUAUUUUGCUGAACCUUAUCUUUAAGUUCCCCAGAGCAAACUGAAGAGGAAACUUUUUAGUGGAGAAAACACAAUUGGAUAAAGGAACGGCCUAAAAGACGUUGCAGCAGUAGAAGAAACAAGAGAUGUGUUCGCGCUCUGCUUGGUACUGACAGCAUGGUCUUUGCUCUGCCAUUCUUCCCUUUUACCUGCCUCUUUUCCUUGUCAUUUCCUCCUCCUCCUCCACUUCCUCCGUCUGUCCAAAAGUCUGCUCUUGCACCUUCAUCAUUCCCUGCCGUUGUUUGGUGUAAUGUAGGAGAAGUUAAAUCCUCAAUAUCCAUGCAAUGCUGCUUUUGUAUCUCAAGCAUCACCAAGUUGUUUGUAAAUGACACUACAUAAUAAUGCAGGCAUCGUCCAAAAUGUCAGCCCCCAGUGGCUCAACAAGCCUCAUUAAAGGACUGUGUCUUUUAAGAUGAAAUCAACUUAGUGGCACUUAUCAUUGGGGAGAAGCUUCCCUUCAAAUCCUAGUAUCAUAUUAACAGAGCAACUACUCACUUUGGUGACUUUGAACCAAGUUUUCCUUUUUUGUAUCCAUGUCACACUGCUUCAGGUAAACACUGAAUGAAAUAAGAGAGAUUUCUAUUGAUCAGUGAAUACUGAGGAACAAUGUCACCAUGGUCACAUCUACCCUGAGCUGUGUGCCAUUGUCAGACCCUUUUUAAUGCAGGGGAGGGUGUUAAUGAAGCUGGCUUCAGAUGCUGUCUGAGUGGGAGAUCAGCCUCUAACUUACUGCUCUGUCAGCCUUGUGUAUUGAACGUUUAUCAAGGAAUAAAUUUGAAUUAGGUGUAGAAUUAUCACCCUGCGUUGUGAACCCAAAUUGUGCCACAUUGAAUUAAAUGCCUGAACCAACAAAAGCACUUAUGUAAUGUUUGUAACACGUGCAUACUUAUAAAUCUACUAGCCAUAAACUGCCUGUGUUGGUCAGCAUGAUAUGGCUUCAUUAUCAAAAAAGUUACUUAAAUUCUAAUGUAAUUGCAAUUUAUCUUUUGUCUCUUGUUUUUUUUUUUUUUCAAAGAUCUUUUUUUCUAUUAUAAAUUGGUGUUUAUGUAAUGUUAUUUUGUCAGAUGUUUUGCAAAUCAAAAAUAAACGGUUGUACAUAGCAGUGGGCUCCUGUUUGGGUUAUUUCACAUUUUUAUAUGGUUGACUUUAAAUGUAAAACGUAAAAAUGUAAUAAUUCAUUAAC